AUGGCGGCGUCCAUCUCGCCGUCGGUCAUCGUGACCCAAAUCCAGAACUACCUCGGUACCAACCACAAUGAGACCGCUGACGCUCUUUUCAAGUCCGAUGCUGUUACGGCCAUUGGGACCUACAAAUGGUUCAUCGGUACUGGCAUCUUCGUUAUCGUCAGUGCUAUUCAGAUCAUCAAGUAUAUGCUCCGAGAUCGCCCUCCACCAGGUCUGAAGCUCAUCCCCGGUCCUACCUCUACCAUUCCUUACAUUGGACGCGUCCAUGAUGUCGACCCAAACAAGCCAUGGUUCGCCAUGAAGAAGUUCUGUGAUGAAUACAAUGGCAUCUUCCGCUCCACCAUCUGCGGUGAGAUGCACAUUUGGAUUGGUGACUCCGACAUUGGCUACGAGCUUUUGUGCAAGAAGGCAAAGAUCUAUUCUUCCCGGCCCCAGGUGCCUGCUGUUCCUGGCAGCGACUCUCAAGGCCAGUAUCUUCCUCUUCUCGCUCAUGAUGAUCACUGGAGAAAUCAGCGCAAGUUCGCCCACACCGUCCUCACCCAGGGCUUCAACCAGAAAUACUACGGAUAUGUCAGCCACGAGGCUAAGCGAUUCUUGUACAAACUUCUUGUUGAUCCCAAGGACCACUUCGCUCUUACAGAUCGUUUCUGUGGUCGGAUCAGCGCUCGCCUGGGAUAUGGUCGACCAGAAUCUGCUGCUGCUCACUGCAAGAAUGCCGGUGAAUUCAUUCCUCAAAUUUCUCCAUCUGGCCCUAUCACCAAUCUGAUGCCUUUCCUUGGCGGGCUUCCUGAAUGGCUCAACCCAUCCAUCCGCAAGGUUCGUGAACGUCGUGAGAAGGAAGAGAAGCUCUGGAAGGGUCUCAUGAAGCAAGUUAGCCAAGAAGUCGAACAAGGUGUUGCCCCCAUCAGUUACGCAAAGACCUAUUUUGAGCGCAAAGCGGCUGAAACCGGCUCUCGAUCUUUUGGGUUUGAUGACCAUGAAGCUGCCUAUGCCGUUGGUAUGUUGGUCACCGUUGCCAUUUUCACCAUUGGUGGUCCUCUCUACUGCUUCUUCCUUGCUAUGGUCCUUCACCCUGAAUGGCAAGAGAAGGUCCGCAAAGAAUACGAUGAGGUCAUUGGGGACCGUGUUGUUGAGGUCGGCGAUGCCCCCAACCUGCCAAUUCUCCGCGCUGCAAUCAAAGAAUGCGUCCGAUGGAGACCACCAGUCCCGUUGGGUGUCCCCCGUCUCCUCGAGGAAGAUGAUGAAUGGAAUGGCUAUUUCCUUCCCAAGGGUGCUGUCAUCCACGUUGUCGAUCUCGCUCUUGCCCGUAACCCAAAGCUUUACCCGGACCCAGAGACCUUCAACCCUGCCCGUUGGCUCGAAAAGGAAUAUCCUACCUACAAGGAGCCUUUGACCGAGCACCCCAGACUCAUGGGUCACCAUGGCUUUGGAAUGGGCCGCCGCAUGUGCCCAGGUAUCGAGGUUACUGAAGCCGAACUCCUUGUUGCCUGUGGCAGCAUCGUUGGCUGCUUCGAACUCAAGCCAUACCUGGAUUCCAAUGGACAACCAAAGUGGCCCGAGAGCUACAAGUUCACCCCCAACUUGAUCGGUGGUCCUCUACCUUUCGAGAUGGAUGUCAAGGUCCGAAACCCCGAGAAGGCAGCACGCAUCAAGGCCUGGUACGAGGAGAGUGUGGCAGAUGAGAUCGCUGGCAAGAUCGCUGCUGGCUUGUAA